ACUUCACUGAAGGCACAGACGUAGAGAGAGAAAUUUCAUUUCAUUUUUUUGAAAAUAAAAGCGCAGUACUAUUUGUGAGGCUUUCUGAGAAAGAGAGACACAGAAACAGUGUACGAGUGGUAAUGGCAGCGACUAUUGCUGAGACGGUUGCAGAAGAGAGAGAAAGAGAAGCAGUGAAGCAAAGAAAGGACAUUAUUAUUAUUAUUAGAUCAGAUUUUUACUACUAUUUCUUUUCCUUUUCUUCUUGUGAACCCAAACGGAUCGUUAAAGUUCUGGCUCUUGUUGUUGCUUCAAGUGAAGCGGAAGUUCAUUUUGAUUGCUGCUGCGGUUGUCGUUACACUUUCCGUAGAAUCAUUCCCUGGAAUAAUUGUUAGUUUCUUGUUCAAAAACAGACGAAUACUAUUAGUUUUGGUUAAAAUAAUGAUUAACGGAAGUAAUUCUGUGGAUAUUAACCGCAAUGGAAUUGCGAGCAGGAGCAGGUGCUUUCCGGUGGCUUGUGAAGGAUCAGAAGAUGCACUGUACAAGGAACUAUGGCACGCGUGUGCAGGUCCGGUAGUGACAGUGCCUCGCCAAGGCGAGCUUGUUUACUACUUUCCUCAAGGUCAUAUUGAGCAGGUUGAAGCAUCGACGAAUCAGGUUGCUGAUGAUCAGCAAAUGCCAGCUUAUAAUCUCUCUCCGAAAAUCCUCUGUCGUGUGGUUAAUGUUCAAUUGAAGGCUGAACUGGAUACAGAUGAAGUGUUUGCUCAAGUCAUUUUGCUUCCUGAAACUCAACAAGAUGUGGAGUUGGUGGAGGAGGAGGACUUACCGCCUCUGCCUGCACGUCCUCGGGUGCAUUCCUUCUGUAAGAUGCUUACAGCGUCGGAUACAAGCACUCAUGGUGGAUUUUCAGUAUUGAAACGGCAUGCUGAUGAAUGCCUACCUCCAUUGGACAUGUCCCUACAACCUCCAGUGCAGGAGUUGGUAGCCAAAGAUUUGCAUGGACAUGAGUGGCGUUUCCGCCAUAUAUUUCGAGGUCAACCACGAAGGCACCUUCUUCAAAGUGGUUGGAGUCUCUUUGUCAGUGCCAAAAAGCUCGUGGCAGGAGAUGCUUUUAUUUUUCUUAGAAGUGAAACUGAAGAGCUUCGUGUAGGGGUAAGACGUGCCCUGAGACAGCCAAGCAAAAUCCCUUCUUCUGUAAUAUCUAGUCACAGCAUGCAUAUUGGUAUCCUUGCAACUGCAUGGCAUGCUGUUUCAACAGGAUCAAUGUUCACUGUCUAUUAUAAACCAAGGACGAGUCCUGCUGAGUUUAUUAUUCCAGUUGACAAAUAUAUGGAGUCUGUCAAGAUCAACUACACUAUAGGGAUGAGAUUCAAAAUGAGAUUUGAAGCAGAUGACGCUCCCGAACAAAGGUUCUCUGGCACUGUGAUCGGGGUCGAAGAGGCAGAUCCAAAGAAGUGGCCUCGCUCAAAUUGGAGAUGCCUCAAGGUUCAUUGGGAUGAAACUUCUCCUGUUCACCGUCCAGACAGGGUUUCCCCUUGGAAAGUAGAACCUGCUUUGGCUCCUUCUAUGGGUCCCGUUUCUGGGUGCCGAUUGAAAAGGCACCGUCCAAACACGGUGACAUCAUCUGCAGACUCCUCUUCUCUUACCAAGAAAGAUAACGGUCCUUCAAGACACAUGCAACAUCAAGAAAUCUUGACCUUGAGAAACACACCUACUGGGAAGAAUUACUCGGACAAUAAUCACAAUCCUCCAUGGGUUCUAUCUCAAGCAACAGGAACUGGAACCCUGCUUAAAUCUUAUGAAUCCAGUCGCCCUUUCUUUGGGCUGUACUCUGAUGAUGUUGACCAACCCAGUAAGCUUACUUCAGAUGAAAAAAGCAUGUUCAACUGGCAUUCAGCUCCCAUGAUGUACACAGGCCACCCAUUUAACAUGUUGGCAUCUAGCAUGGAAGCUCAGGUGGCAAAAGAUAAAGAUACACAACAACAGCAUGGAAGCCGGUUCUUGCCUUUUCCAUAUGCCGACAGUUCUCCUCGUCCAUCGAGAUCUAAACCACAGCAUCUUCCUUUUCAACAAUGUAAUGAGAGAACAGCUAAAGAUGAUAAUUACAAACUUUUUGGUGUCUCCCUUUUUGGGAAUUCUAAGGCACUGGAACCAGCCACUAUUCACAGGCACUCCGUGGAUAAACCACAACAUCAAAUCAAUGUUGCAUCAGAUCAUCUACAAUUGUUGGGUUCUGAAAGAUAUUUGGAGCAAUUAAAGCAUCCAAAGCAUGCUAGAUGUGAGGAACAAGAGAACAUUUUUCAAGCCUCUUCUUUAUAUUUAAAAGAUGUCCAGGGCAAGCCUGAGCGUGGUUCAGCGAGAAGAUGUGUAAAGGUUCACAAGCAGGGGACUGCUGUAGGGAGGUCUCUGGACCUGGCAAAGUUUAACGGCUACAAUGAAUUGACAGCAGAACUGGAUCGGAUUUUUGAAUUCAAUGGUGAAUUAGUUGCUCCUAACAAAGAUUGGCUGAUUGUUUUUACUGAUGAUGAGGAUGAUAUGAUGCUUGUAGGAGAUGAUCCCUGGCAGGAAUUCUGUAGCAUGGUCCGCAGGAUCUUUAUCUAUACCAGAGAGGAGAUAAACAGGAUGGAGCCACGUUCCCUGAAUCUUGAAGCCGAGGGAAAUUCACGAAGUACAGACCAAAUGGUUGAUUUGGAAAAUCAAAUUUCGAAGCAUCUUCCAGCUGUGAGUCCCUCGGAGUGUCAAGGCUUGUGCUACAUGACUGGCAGCAAGGUAAUGAGGCCGGAAAGGUGAUACAGGCGAAGUUGUUGCAUCAUGGCCAAGAUGUCUUUGAGGCAGUUGCGUUGCCCCUCAUCUAGACUUUUCUUCUUAUGCAGCAUGGUCUGUUUGGUAGAUAGACAACGCUGCCUAUGUAAUGUUCAUUUUUUUAUUGUCACUUUUGGGGGAGGUGUGG